UCUCCACCGGGAUAGGAAAAGAAAAGAAAAGAAAAGAAGAGAAGAGAAAAUUGGAUCGUGUGCAUAUAAAGGAGAACGGAUUUUCUGGCGCGAGGAGAAGUUGAGUUAGCGCGCAACAAUGGCGGUCCAUUCUCAGAGUUUCCUCCGCUUCAUCCUUUUCUUCUCCCUCUUCUCUCUCUCCUUCGCCGGCGGAAGCGAUGUCACCCUCGACGACGAUUCCUCUCCCAAAUCUCCCUCCUGCGACAAUCCUUUUAAUCUGGUCAAGGUUACACAGUGGGUUGAUGGUCCUGAAGGAGAAAGUUUGGUUGGGGUCAAUGCAAGAUUUGGGGCUUUAUUGCCUUCGCAUGCUAAUAAAGAUCUCAGAUUGCCAGCUGUUUUCUCAAAUCCUCUGAAUGGCUGUUCCAGCUCUUCGUCUAAGUUAUCUGGUCAUAUUGCCUUGUCUAUACGUGGUGAUUGUGAUUUUACGAAGAAAGCAGAAGUUGCACAGGCCGGAGGAGCGGUAGCAUUAUUGGUGAUAAAUGACAAAGAAGAUCUUUAUAAAAUGAUUUGUUCCGAGAAUGAGACUGCUUUAAAUAUUUCAAUUCCUGUCGUGAUGAUUCCAAAGUCGGGAGGAGAAGCUCUUAACAAAUCUAUUGCAAGUGGAAAGAAAGUUGAACUUCUAUUAUAUUCUCCAAAACGUCCAAUUGUGGACUUCUCAGUGGUAUUUUUAUGGAUGAUGGCUGUCGGAACACUUGCAUGUGCUUCACUUUGGUCUGAAUUCACUGCUCCUGAACGCACGGAUGAGCGCUAUAACGAGCUAUCUCCUAAGGAAUCUGGAGCAGCAAAAGAUGAUUCUGAAAAGGAAAUUCUUGAUAUAAGUGCAAAGGGCGCUGUAAUUUUUGUAAUAGUGGCUUCCACCUUUUUGGUGCUGCUAUACUUUUUUAUGUCAUCUUGGUUCAUCUGGGUGCUGAUUGUACUUUUCUGCAUUGGUGGUAUUGAGGGAAUGCAUAAUUGUAUUGUGAGUUUGAUUUCAAGUAAAUACAGAAAUUGUGGGAAGAAAUCAGUAGACUUGCCUCUAUUUGGAGAAGUUUCUGUCCUAUCGCUUCUUGUAUUAUUUUUCUGUGCAGCGUUUGCAAUUUUCUGGGCUGCAAAUAGGCGGGCUUCUUAUUCAUGGAUUGGCCAAGAUGUUCUUGGUAUCUGCUUGAUGAUAACAGUCUUACAAAUUGCUCGCUUACCUAAUAUCAAGGUUGCUACCGUACUACUUUGCUGUGCAUUUGUCUACGACAUCUUUUGGGUAUUCAUAUCACCAAUAAUAUUCCACGAGAGUGUUAUGAUUGCGGUUGCGCGAGGUGAUAAUAGUGGUGAAGCCAUUCCCAUGCUUUUGAGAAUCCCCCGUGUAUUUGAUCCCUGGGGAGGUUAUGAUAUGAUUGGCUUUGGGGACAUUCUCUUUCCCGGCUUGCUUGUGUCAUUUGCUUUUCGAUAUGACAAAGCCAAUAAGAAAGGUCUAACAAGCGGGUAUUUUCUUUGGUUAGUGAUUGGCUAUGGAUUUGGUCUCUUUCUUACAUAUCUUGGAUUGUAUCUAAUGGACGGGCAUGGUCAACCUGCUCUCCUCUACCUUGUUCCAUGUACACUAGGUGUUACUGUCGUUUUGGGUCUGAUAAGAGGUGAACUGAAACAACUUUGGAACUAUGGCACUGAGGCAUCCGGCACUGAGGCAUCCCCACCUAGCCUUUCCUCUGGUGAGCCAUAAAGCAUUAGAUUAGUCAGAUCUCCCAACUGUAUAUUGAUGAAAAUGGGCUGAUCUUCAUUUAACCUUCAAUGUAAAAAACUAUUUAACACGUUUGAAGAAAUCAUAGAACAUUGCGUGAUUUUACCGUUGGAGGCGAAUUCAAAAUGGGAAAUGAUUAUUAUAUGAUUCAUAUUCAA